AUGCCGUCGGCCAGCGAAGAGCCCAGGUCGGACAACGGCCGUCUGCUGCUCGUCUCCAACCGCCUGCCCAUCACCAUCAAGCGCUCCGACGAGGGCAAAUAUGACUUCUCCAUGUCGUCGGGCGGCCUGGUCAGUGGCCUGAGCGGCCUGUCCAAGUCCACCACCUUCCAAUGGUACGGAUGGCCGGGUCUCGAGGUGCCCGAGAACGAAACCCCCACACUCAAGAAGCGGUUGAAGGAGGAGUACAAUGCUAUCCCGGUCAUGCUAGACGACGAUCUGGCCGACAGGCAUUACAAUGGCUUCUCGAAUUCCAUCCUCUGGCCCCUCUUCCACUACCAUCCCGGUGAGAUCACAUUCGACGAAUCGGCUUGGAAUGCGUACACCGAAGCCAAUCGCCUGUUCGCCAAGGCAAUCGCCGCGGACGUCCAGGACAACGACCUCGUGUGGGUCCACGACUACCACCUCAUGCUCUUGCCUGCCAUGCUCCGCGAGGAGAUUGGUAAGACAAAAAAGAAUGUCAAACUCGGCUUUUUUCUGCACACUCCGUUCCCCAGCAGCGAAAUUUACCGCAUACUGCCCGUCCGUAACGAGAUCCUGCUCGGCGUCUUGCACUGUGAUCUGAUCGGCUUCCACACUUACGAUUACGCCCGCCAUUUCCUCAGCAGUUGCUCAAGGAUACUCGGCUUGGCCACGACUCCCAAUGGCGUCGAGUUCCAGGGCAAGGUCGUCACAGUCGGUGCAUUCCCGAUCGGCAUCGACCCGGAAAAGUUUGAAGAGGGCCUCAAGAAACCCAAGGUCCAGGAACGCAUUGCCACUCUGGAGCGCAAGUUUCAGGGAGUCAAGUUGAUCGUGGGCGUAGACCGUCUCGACUACAUCAAGGGUGUUCCCCAGAAGCUGCACGCGCUCGAAGUGUUCUUGACGGAGCAUCCCGAGUGGAUCGGCAAGGUGGUGUUGGUCCAGGUCGCCGUGCCCAGCCGCCAGGACGUCGAGGAAUAUCAGAAUCUGCGGGCGGUCGUCAACGAGCUGGUCGGACGGAUCAAUGGCAAAUUCGGCACCAUCGAGUUCAUGCCCAUCCACUUCAUGCACAAGUCGGUGUCGUUCGACGAGCUCAUCGCGCUGUACGCCGUGUCCGACGUGUGCCUGGUCUCGUCGACUCGCGACGGUAUGAACCUGGUAUCGUACGAGUACAUUGCCACCCAACAGAAGCGCCACGGCGUCAUGAUACUCUCCGAAUUCGCCGGCGCCGCCCAGAGUUUGAACGGCAGCAUCAUCGUCAAUCCGUGGAACACCGAGGAACUCGCAGACGCCAUUCACGACGCGGUGACCAUGGGCGCGGAACAGCGCGCCCUGAACUACCAGAAGCUGGCCAAAUAUGUCAACAAGUACACCAGCGCUUGGUGGGGCCAAUCGUUCGUCAGCGAACUCACCAGGAUCUCCGAGCAGGCUGAGAAGAAGUUGAACGUGCGCCGAGGGUCUCUGCUUGACAAUGCUCCCGAAAACGGCGAGGACGGCGCGGCAAAGACGGAGCCUGUCCAAGCCGAAUCUUGA